AUGGCUAGCUCAACGUCAGACUCAAAGUUGUUCAGCAGAGAUUUAUCUUCCACCCAGAGCGGGUAUCGAAGUACCUCUUCGAAGUACGACAAAGUGGAUGACGUCAAGGAAACAACAGGCGACACCGAUAACAUAACAAUGGAAAAGGGAGAUUUGUCGAAGCUCAAGGAUCUGGCCCCAGAUGAGACGGCACAAACGAGCGGUCUGGCUAGAACGCUUACUCUGACCAAUGCAGUAUCAAUGAUUGUUGGAGUUGUCAUCGGAGCCGGUAUUUUUGUGAGCCCCACUGGUGUUCAGAAAUCUGCUGGAUCCGUGGGAUCAUCGAUAAUCAUCUGGAUACUGUGUGGAAUCUGGUGUGCCCUAGGUGCUUAUAUCUAUGCUGAAUUAGGAUCCCUCAUUACAAAAUCAGGUGGAGACUAUGUGUAUAUGACCGAAGCCUUUGGACCAUUCAUCGGAUUUCUCCGUUUAUGGAUCGAAAGCAUGGUCGUAAGACCCGUUGCUUUAACAAUCAAAGCUCUCACAUUUGCACUCUAUGUGAUCCGACCGUUCUAUCCAAACUGCGAUCCACCAACAGGAGCUGUUGAGCUUCUAGCUGUCGCCAAGAUAAUGUUUCUUUGUGGUGUAAAUUGUUAUUCGAUGAAAGCAGUAACACGGCUACAAGAUUGGUUCACGCUUGCCAAAGUACUCGCUCUAGUGAUGGUCAUCGUUACCGGUGGAUAUCUUCUGUUUUUCGGAGGUCCACAGUACUGGGACUCAUUCGAUAACAUCUUCGAAGGGAAUUUCCGGACAUUUCGAUCUGCCGCAGUUGCUUUCUAUUCUGGAUUAUUUGCCUAUCAAGGAUGGGCAUAUUUGAAUACUGUAACAGAAGAGCUCAUCAAUCCAAAACGAAAUCUACCUCUCGCUAUUUUAAUUUCAAUGAUAAUUAUCACAUUGGUCUAUGUCCUCUAUAAUGUAGCUCUGUAUGUUGUCCUUUCUCCUGAUGAAAUGAUCUUACAUGCAGCUGCUUCUGUGGAGUUUGCAAAUAAAAUCUAUGGUCGAUGGGCCUUUAUAAUGCCAUUAUUUGUUGCUGUUUCGACUUUCGGAGCAUCAAACGGUUCUAUAAUGGUCGGAUCCAGAUUAUAUUUCUGUGGGGCUCGUGAAGGACACUUUCCAGUGAUCCUGGCGAUGACCAACAAAAGGCUCCAAACUCCUAUACCAUCAGUGGUUUUUAUGAGUAUAAUUGCAAUUGGAUAUAUGUUUCUAUCUUCAAAUGUCUACGUGCUCAUUAACGCGAGUCAGUCUACUGUGUGGAUCUCCUACACUCUAGCUGCUGUAGCAUUGCUCGUGCUUCGAUACAGUUAUCCGAAUGCACGCAGGCCUGUCAAAGUGAGCUGA